CCAAACCGGUUCAGUUCGACGAAGCUUUCAACUGGAAAUACGGAUGAAGUCUGCGAGGCAAAAUUAAUCUAUCAAAAGCAUUGUCAUCAUAGGAAGAACGUUGUAUUUUAUUUAAUUUUUGCAACAUGGAUAAUUCGGGCAACAAUCGUUACGAACUCUUAUUUAUGGAUGAUGAUGGCGCUGCACCAGUUCUUCCACCGAAAGUUCCCGAAGUUGUAGCCGGCAAAAAAAAGUCUGAUGAUCGCCCUGCACGUCAAAACAUCAAUAAAACCGAAAAGGAAAAUAAGUCUAGCGUAUUGAAUAAAAAUAAUGCUCAAUCAAAGGUUGCCAAUAAUGCUGGUCCAAAGGCUACCGGCAAACCCGCUGCACCAAACGCUGCAGUGAAGGAAACUCGUCCAAGGCAGAAUACGCGCAAUAAUCAUGCAACAGAGAACAACAGCCAUUCGCAUGGACCCGAUUACAACAACGAGUUGCCGAGACGUCAGAACAGAGAUCGUGAUAUUCGCGGGCCGCCAUCGCGUUUCCGCAACAACGAGAAGUUUGGCAAGAGGGAAUUUGACCGUCAAUCUGGAUCCGAUAAAACUGGAGUCAAGCCUGUCGAUAAACGCGAGGGCGGUGGUGCUCACAACUGGGGAUCUGCCAAGCAGGACAUUGAAGACCAAAAAACAGGUGCUGAUCCCGCUCCCACUACAGAUAAAGACGAUUCUGGCAAUGAACAAACUGUCGGCGCCGAUCUGGCCAACAAUGUGGAGGAGGACGAGUCCAAGCAAAUGACUCUGGAUGAGUGGAAAGCUCUGAAGGAUCAGCGUGCCAAGCCAAAUUACAAUCUGCGUAAGGCCGGCGAAGGAGGGGUUGAGAAUGCCGAAUGGAAAAAGAUGAUUGUUCUGGGCAAGAAGAAGGGAGGAAUCGAAACUGAAGAUGAAUUCGAAUACGAUCCCUCGAUGUAUCCGCAACGUGUGGGACGUCUUCAGCGCAUUGUUGAUAUCCAGUUCAAUUUCAAUGAUGGUCGCAAAACUGGAUUCCGUAAGGGAGGACCUCGUGGUCCACCGCGUGGUGGUCCUCGCCCGGAGGGUGUUGCUAGCAAUGGUUUCGACAACAACAAAUUCGCAUCCUAUGAAAAGCGUCGUUCGGGCUCCAAGCCAUUGAAGGUCGACGAUGAGAAUCAAUUUCCCACUCUUUCCUAAAGCACAGCAUUAACAAUUCUUUUACUUUUUUUUACACAAGUUGAUAAACAUAUUCCUAAGUAAUUGAUGUAAAAGAGAUUUAAAUAUCAUGCUGCUUGACAUUCAAAUUAUGUAAUUUACAUAAGAAACACAAACAGCUUUCCAAAACUUAAUUCUUAGAAUUCUACGAAUAUAAUUUGAAUUUCUUUUUGGCAUUUACAAAUGCAUUUCAAAACGGAAAAAAACAAAACGAAACACCCACAUACAAACAGAAAAGCUAUUGGAAAUAGUUCAAAUUGUUGAAACAAAUAUACAUCAUUUAUAACACCAUA